AUGAACGAAAACGCAUUGCGGGCGUACUAUAGGGCGAAAGGUGAAGAAACUGUGGGAAUAGCGUAUAGGUCUCGGAUGCAUUGCUUUUUUGCUGAGCUGGAGCCUUCUACCCCCGUCACGGAACAAAACCUGGCAGACCGAGUUCGGUACAUCAUGCGCUCGAAAAUAUUUGAUGAUGCCGAACUCGGACGACUACGACGUGAGGCUAUUCCGUCGUCGAAUGAAUCGGCUAUGGCUGGAGAUGCAGCUCCACAUUCGACAGACCAGCAUCCACACGUGGAAGCCGCCCUGGAUCUUCCCGUUGUGGUUGAUUCGAACGACGAUGAAAUAGUCUCCCACGAACUAGAGAAAAUGAGGAGUAUACUGGAAGAGGCGAUUUUGGAAACGCGCAGCACCCCUCUCGAAAAUCGACCGCGACUUCCCCGCAUACCCCUAAGCAAGCGAAAUCGGGCUGUCGUGAGGGCUCUUAACCCAAUGCUGGUGACCUAUUUGGAAGCCAGCCGGGACCUUUGCGAGACGGACUCGAUUCUCUUUGGCGCCGCAGUGGCAGUUUGCCGUAUUAUUGGCGCCAAACUUCCCAUGGCUGGACGCGCUACUACACAAAGUAGCGCCAUCCCAGCCUGGAGAAAAAGAAUCGAGGACCGUAUCGCAAAGGCAAGGGCCCUUAUCGGCAGACUGACAAGCUUCAGGUCGGGUAAUAAUAGACCGAGGAUUAUGCGCACCGUUAGGAUGGCGUUUGCUGGGACAAAUAUCAGUUUGUCCCAGCCGGAUAUCACGCAGAAACUAACGGAGCGCAUAGACGACCUGAAGCAAAAGAUCGCUGCUUGGGGGAAGCGGAUUCGACGAUUUACCGACAGGUCAAGGCGGUUCAACCAGAAUCGUCUCUUCCAGAGUGAUCAGAAGAGGCUCUAUAAAUCAUUGGAGCGGCCAAAGGUAUGUGGAGCGGGCCAAGGACCGGAUCAGGCAGACAUUAUCGCAUUCUGGCGUGGCCUGUGGUCAGAGCCCGUAAACCACAGCGAGGGCCCUUGGAUGGAAGUUGUGGCGAGCCAGGGUGCGAGUGUUACGCCUAUGGACCCCAUCACCGUAACGCCGGAAGACGUGGCUGAGGCGGUCCGUAGGGCCCCGAACUGGAAAAGUCCGGGGCUCGACGGGCUGCAUCAUUACUGGCUGAAGGGGUUCGUAGUGUGUCACGCUGUGCUCGCCCGACAGUUUCAAGAGGCUCUCGACCAGAAGUCGCUCCCGAGCCUCUUCACUACUGGGAUCACUCACUUGGUUCCUAAAGAUCAGGAUACCACAGACCCGAGCAAAUACCGCCCCAUCACGUUCGCCCAGGAACUGGAACUAGAGCAAAUGAGGAGUACAUUGGAAGAGGCGAUUGUGGAAACGCGCAGUACGACUCUCGAAAAUCGACCGCGACUUCCCCGCUUAGCCCUAAGCAAGCGGAAUCGGGCUGUCGUGAGGGCUCUGAACCCAAUGCUGGUUACCUAUUUGGAAGCCAGCCGGGACCUUUGCGAGACGGACUCAAUUCUUUUUGGCGCCGCACUGGCAGUCUGCCGUAUUAUAGGUGCCAAACUUUCCACGGCUGGACGCGCUACUGGACAAAGUAGUGCUAUCCCAGCCUGGAGAAUAAGAAUUGAAGAACGUAUCGCAAAGGCUAGGGCCCUCAUCGGCAGACUGAUAUGCUUCAGGUCAGGCAAUACCAGGCCAAGGAUUGUGCGCACCGUCAGGAUGGCGUUUGCUGGGACAAAUGUUAGUUUGUCCCAGCCGGAUAUAAUGCAAAAACUGACGGAGCGCAUAGACGACCUGAAGCAAAGAAUAGCUGCUUGGGGAAAGCGGAUUCGGCGAUAUACCGAGAGGUCGACACGGUUCAACCAGAAUCGUCUCUUCCAAAGUGAUCAGAAGAGGCUCUAUAAAUCAUUGGAGCGACCAAUAGUAAGUGGAACGGGCCCUGCACCAAAUCAGGCCGACAUGGUCGCAUUCUGGCGCAGCCUGUGGUCAGAGCCCGUAAACCACAACGAGGGCCCUUGGACGGAAGUUGUGGCGAGUCAGUGUGCGAGUAUUACGCCCAUGGACCCCGUCAUCAUAACGCCGGAUGACGUAGCUGAGGCGGUCCGUAGGGCCCCGAACUGGAAAAGUCCGGGGCUUGACGGGCUGCAUCACUACUGGCUAAAGGGGUUCGUGGCGCCAAGGUUUCCACGGCUGGACGCGCUACUAGCCAUAGUAGCGCUAUCCCAGCAUGGAGAAGAAGAAUUGAGGAACGUGUCGCAAAGGCUAGAGCUCUCAUCGGCAGACUGA